UUCUGUUCGUUGCUUAAUCAAUUAAACGCGGCGCGCAGUAGUUUUCCUCUCCGCUGCAGCAGAGAAUAAAACGUUUUUUUGUUUUACUGGCUGACUGAUGAGAAGCCGUCAGCUGAAGUUUGGACACACAGCAGCUCCGAGUUGAAGAUGCAGUCCUCAAAGAGCUUUCGGUUGGAUGAUUUUAUCGCAGGAUGGAUCGGCGGAGCUUCCAGUGUGGUCGUGGGCCAUCCGCUGGACACAGUGAAGACGCGGCUUCAGGCGGGGAAAGGCUACAGGAACACUUUCCACUGCGUCCUCACCAUCUACAGGAAGGAAACGGCCAUGGGCUUCUUUAAAGGCAUGUCUUUCCCGCUGGCCACCAUCACCAUCUACAACUCAGUGGUGUUUGGCUUUUUCAGUAACACACAGAGACUUAUUAGCAAGUAUCGCUAUGGCGACGGGCGGCAUCCCUGCGGCAUGGUGGACCUGACUGUGGCCAGCAUGCUGACUGGACUGGUGUCUGUGGGACUGGGAGCCCCGGUGGAUCUGGUCAAGAUCAGACUGCAAAUGCAGACGCAGACACUUUUAACAGAGAAUUUACAUCUCGCCAGCAAUGUAUCGAACGACAACAUCCCGCUGCGCUCCAUCGACAUUCCCAACCAGAGACUCUACCGAGGCCCCAUCCACUGCAUCGGCAGCAUCCUGCAGACUGAGGGCCUGCAGGGCCUCUACAGGGCCGGGGCCAUGGUCCUCAGGGACGUUCCUGGAUACGUGCUCUACUUCAUCCCUUACACCAUCUUCUGCGACAUGCUGACGCCGGACGCCUCGUCGAGCCCUCAUCCUGGUUCCAUCUGGCUGGCCGGAGGACUAGCAGGCUCCAUUUCCUGGGUUACGGCCACGCCGGCCGAUGUGGUGAAGAGUCGGAUGCAGGCGGACGCUCAGCUGCAGAGGAAGUACAGAGGCAUCUUACACUGCAUCAUCCACAGCUACCGGACGGAGGGAGCACAGAUUUUCUUCCGUGGAGCGUCAGUCAACGCCAUCCGCGGCUUCCCGAUGAGCGCCACCAUGUUCCUGACCUACGAGCUGUCGCUGCGCUUCUUCAGGGGCCUCUAGGACGAAAGGAAAACAUGUUUUGGGUAAAAGGAAUCACACUCAGUUUUUUGGCAAAUGAGCAAAUAAGUUUCCAGUUUC